CACACAUAUAUAUAUAUAGCCUUGUCUACAUACUCCAUUGCCCACACCAGCUUUGGAAUCAUUUACUUCUCUCAUCUCAUCUCAUUGCCUUUCCAAACGCCGGAGAACAUGAACAUAUCUGUAAAUGGACAAUCCCAAGUCCCGCCCGGAUUCCGAUUUCAUCCCACCGAAGAGGAGCUCUUACAAUACUAUCUCAGAAAGAAGGUUUCAUAUGAGAAAAUAGAUUUAGAUGUGAUUCGGGAUGUUGAUCUUAAUAAGCUCGAGCCCUGGGAUAUUCAAGAGAGCUGCAAAAUCGGAACCACUCCUCAGAACGAUUGGUACUUUUUUAGCCACAAAGAUAAAAAGUAUCCAACCGGAACUCGCACCAACCGUGCCACGGCUGCCGGGUUCUGGAAAGCAACCGGUCGUGACAGGAUCAUAUAUAGCAACUUCCGACGGAUCGGAAUGAGGAAGACUUUGGUGUUCUACAAAGGACGAGCCCCACAUGGCCAAAAAUCCGAUUGGAUCAUGCACGAAUACAGGCUAGACGAUAACAUCGUUGAAACAGCUGUCUCCAAUGUUAUGGGAGAGGGGACACAAGAAGAGGGAUGGGUGGUAUGUCGUAUCUUCAAGAAGAAAAAUCACCACAAAACACUGGAUAACCUCAUCAGUUCAGAAACCAGGAACCAUAUGUUCGGUUCGUGUAAUGAAGGAGACUUAGAGCAGAUACUCGAACACAUGCGAAGGAAUUGUAAUGAAGAUGGUACAGCAAACAGCAGUUCGAGAUUCAUCAGGCCCAUCGAGACAGCCAUUAACAAUGGCUACCCGGACUCAUUCAUGAAACUCCCGAGCCUCGAGAAGCCCAACUCGACGAGCAGCCUCAACUAUUAUCAGCCGAUGAUGAUGGACAAUGAAGGCUCGAUCACAAAUCAUGUGGGUGGUGGUGGUGAUCCCAACUCGGUUUACAGCAAUGACUCAAGGCUCACAAACUGGGCAGCACUCGACAAACUCGUAGCCUCCCAACUCAACGGCCAAACAGAGACAUCUAGGCAAUUGGCAUGCUUCAAUGACACGUCCCUCGCCUACAGCAACUCCGGCACCGAUCAUCAUCAUGAUCUCCAGUUACCAGCCGUUCGAUACAACAGCGAGAUAGACCUGUUGAGUUUCACUAGAUCGUCUGCAUCGUCCGACGCAUUGUGCCACGUGGUGAAUGCUAGUGUAUAGACAGAACAACCCUGCAUGUAAUCAUACCUUAGUUCCUAAAGUCAGAAGGUUAUUAUUACAUCUAGCAGUUAUGUUGAUGAAUAUAUAUGCGUAGAGACGACGAA